AUGAACCCUCCCUCAGCUUCUAGCGGGGGCAGUACUUCAAUGGCAGUGAAGAAAGGCACGACGACCCUGGGAUUUGCAUACCAGGGAGGCAUCGUCAUUGCUGUGGACAGCAGAGCCUCAAUGGGAACGUUUAUAAGCAGUCAGACGGUUUGCAAGGUGUUGGAGAUUUCUGACGUUAUUUUGGGAACAAUGGCUGGAGGAGCGGCGGACUGCAGCUACUGGGAGAGAUACCUUUCCAAGCUGUGCAGACUCUUUGAACUAAGAAAUCAGGAGAAGAUACCCGUCGCAGCGGCUUCCAACUUGCUAGCAAACAUUUUCUAUUCAUGGAGAGGCUACGGCCUUUGCUGCGGCACCAUGAUUGCGGGGUGGAAUGCAACAAAAGACGAACCCGAAUUGUAUUUCGUCGAUGACAAGGCCACGCGCCUUAAGGGAAAUCUUUUCUCCUGUGGCAGUGGUAGCACCUUCGCGUACGGUGUGCUCGACAACACCUACAGAUGGGGCAUGACGGAGGAGGAGGCCGUUGAGCUAGGACGCCGUGCAAUUUACCACGCAACUCACAGAGACGGUGGCUCGGGGGGUGUAUGCAGAGUCUAUCACUGCCAUCGCGGCGGAUGGAAGCGCGUGGUGGCUGCUGCGGACGUCAGCGCGUUGCACUACGCCUAUGCAGCAGAAAAGGGUGCGUGUACACCCCGUGCCUCUUCCCUUCGCCUGCGAACUGUAUAUGCUAUCUGA